AUGCCUUUCAGCGGGACGACUGCACCAGAAUACAGCCUGCGAAUCAACUCCCCGGAUGGACAGAUUCCCCUGUUGACUGUGUUCUUAAGCACUUUGACUCCAAAAUUCUACUUUGCCCUUACAGUGACUUCGUCUUUUAUAUCUGGACUGAUAUUUGUGUUUGAGUGGUGGCAUUUCCGAAAAUACGGCACGUCGUUCAUCGAGCAGGUUUCUGUGAGCCAUCUGAGGCCCCUCAUCGGCGGCGGCGCAGAAAACGGCCCUCCAGCCACGGCAGCAUUCUCUGCUGGGGAGAGUGAGACCAGCAGGCAGAACAUGCCAGAGUCAAAAGUGUGGCGGAAUCCUCUCAAUCUCUUCAGAGGCGCCGAGUAUAGCAGAUACAUGUGGGUGACCGGGAAGGAGCCUCUUACAUACUAUGACAUGAAUUUGUCUGCUCAAGAUCAUCAGAACUUUUUCACGUGUGACACAGAUGCCCUUCGGCCUUCAGAUACAGUUAUGCAGAAAGCAUGGCGAGAGAGAAACCCUCAAGCUCGGAUUAAAGCAGCAUAUCAAGCUUUAGAGUUGAACAAUGAUUGUGCCACUGCGUACGUCCUCCUGGCUGAGGAAGAAGCAACGACUAUUGUAGAUGCGGAGAAGUAUUUCAGGCAAGCUCUGAAAGCAGGAGAGAUGAUUUACAGAAAGUCUCAGAACUGCCAUUCCCAAAGUCCCCAGCACGAAGCACAGCUGAGGAGAGACACGAAUGUAUUGGUAUAUGUGAAACGGAGACUAGCUAUGUGUGCAAGAAAACUUGGAAGAAUACGAGAAGCAGUAAAAAUGAUGAGAGAUUUGAUGAAAGAGUUUCCACUUCUCAGCAUGCUGAAUAUUCAUGAAAACCUCCUGGAGGCACUGCUGGAAUUACAGGCUUAUGCAGAUGUCCAGGCAGUUUUAGCGAAGUAUGAUGAUAUCAGUCUUCCAAAAUCGGCAGCAAUAUGUUACACAGCAGCCCUGUUAAAAGCCAGAGCCGUGUCAGAAAGGUUCUCCCCAGAAACUGCCUCCAAAAGAGGGCUCAGCACAGCAGAGAUUAAUGCUGUGGAAGCAAUUCACAGAGCUGUGGAAUUUAACCCUCAUGUUCCAAAGUAUUUACUAGAAAUGAAAAGCUUAGUGCUACCUCCAGAGCACAUUUUGAAACGAGGGGACAGUGAGGCAGUAGCAUAUGCUUUUUUUCACCUCCAGCACUGGAAGAGGAUCGAAGGGGCUCUGAAUCUGCUACACUGUACAUGGGAAGGCACAUUUAGGAUGAUCCCAUACCCGUUAGAGAAAGGUCAUCUUUUCUAUCCCUAUCCGAGUUGCACAGAAACAGCAGACAGAGAACUGUUGCCAACAUUUCAUGAAGUCUCUGUUUACCCACAGAAGGAGCUUCCCUUUUUCAUCCAUUUCACAGCAGGCCUGUGUUCCUUUUCGGCAAUGCUUGCCCUCCUGACGCACCAGUUCCCUGAGCUGAUGGUCAUUUUUGCUAAAGCUGUAAGUGUUGUCUCUGUCAUGGGAGGGGUCGAUGUUCCGUGUGAGUCGGUGCCGGUGAAGACCGUGGAGCAGGCAGCGGCAGAGCGCUCCGUCCGCCCGCCGUACGAGUGCAAGCGCUCGCUGUAG